CUGUUUGUUGUCCCCUCUUUUAUGUCUUCUUCAACUAGAUUUCUCACUCUCUUUUUCUUCCAGGGCCACUGCUGAAAAUUUAUCCUCAUCCAGAGGAGUGGAAACCCAAAACUUGAGCCAUGGGGGAUUAUUACAAGAUCCUGGGUGUGAUGAAAAAUGCAUCCCAUGACGAUAUAAAGAAAGCGUACAGAAAAGAAGCACUAAAGUGGCAUCCAGAUAAAAACCCAAACAACAAAGAACAAGCUGAAAAAAUGUUCAAAGAGAUCUCUGAGGCAUAUGAAGUCCUGUCAGAUGAAAACAAACGGAGACAGUAUGAUAGAUAUGGUAAAGAAGGCCUAUCUCGUAGAGGAGGCCAUUAUGACGAGGAUUUCAUGGGCGGAUUCACAUUCCGAAAUCCAGACGAUGUCUUCAGGGAAUUCUUUGGAGGCCGAGAUCCUUUUGCAGAUUUCUUUGCUGAUGACCCCUUUGAAGAUUUCUUUGGUGGUGGGCAGCGUCACAGGGGUGUUAGCAGGAGCAGAACGACAGGUUCAUUCUUUCCUGGAUUUUCUCCAUUUGGUUCCCCCUUUUCUGGGUUUGACACAGGUUUCACCUCGUUUGGCCCAAUGGGUGGGGGUGGCUUCACCUCAUUGUCCUCCACAUUUGGUGGUGGUGGGAUGGGUAACUUCCGCUCUGUCUCUACAUCCACCAAAUUCAUCAAUGGAAAGAGGAUCACCACCAAACGUAUUGUAGAGAAUGGUCAAGAGAGAGUGGAGGUAGAGGAGGAUGGUCAGCUCAAAUCUCUCACAGUCAAUGGUAUUUCUGAUGACAAUGCAUUGGAGGAAAGCCGCAGACAGAAUACCCUCACUGGCACUGGCCCACACAACAGUUACCUCCGAAAUGUGGCCCAGAACCCUUCAGUGAAGGAGGAGGAGGAGGAGGACAGAGGCCUGCAGAAUCUGGGACUUGCCAGAGGGAUUUAUGACGCCAGGAGAAAGAAACUAUUGUUGAAGGAAUCAGACACCAAAAAGAAGCGGAUGCCAAGAAUGGCUCCUCGGAUUGGGGUGUGGUUUUAACAAUUUUUACAAUAUAUAUACAUAUAUUUGUGUUGUCUAUACUGUUCAUUUUCUAGAAACUGAGGGGAUAUAUAAAGACAUGCCUAUUAAAUACUGUCAAACAUGCUCAAAUUAUUAUUUUUAAAUAGCAUACAUAGAAAGCUUAUUUCUCAAUGUUCUGCUUUGACAUGUUGCAUUCAUCUAGCGUUGUCAAAGUCAGUAUGACCCAGUCGCAGUCACAUCAGCUCAUUGUAACUAUUUUCUCCAUUCUAUUUUUUUUUCUUGGAUAAAGUUCAAAACAAAUUGCAUUUAACCAACCAUAUGAUUUAAUCAUCUGGUGAUCCAUCACCAUGCAUGUAAUGCAAAUGAUCUUUCAUUAUCCCGAUUUAAUGUGUAAAAAGCAAUCACACUCACUGUUGUACUUACUUUAUUCAUGGUUUUUAAGCAUAUUGUGGGACAUUCCCCUGCAUUGCUGUGGAAUUGAAAACAGGCAAUCCGAGAGAGAGAGAGCCUAAACACAUCACUCAUGGAUAAUUAAACCCAACUGAAAUACAUUUAUUCAUGUUUUAAAACACUAAUAGAUCUCUUCAUUAUUCUUUAAAAUGAUGUUCAGGUUACUAACAUGUCUGUUUUCAACACUUUGAUAUAUUUUUGAUGAAGAAAAUAAUUCAUUAUAAACAUAAAAGUGGGGCACUUUAAAGUUUGUGUGUUUGCCAUACAUUUGGCGCUUUAUACAUUUUGUAUUAAAUGAUGGAGCACAAACUCAGGAAUGACAUGUAAAAUACUUGAAAGCAUAAAUAUGGAAGGGACAAAUAAAAGAUAGCUUGAUGGGGGAAUAUAGAACAGGUCGGACUGCUGCACUGAGAUAGGAAAGAGAGAAGGACAAGGGAGAAAAAGAGGGGGAAAAGACUUUUUAAUUAUUCAUUCACCAAUGUGAGAGAACACAUUUUCACCAGUCUGCCUUUUGAUCCAGUCUUAAGCACUGUAUCAAUAUUUCAGAGAAAACUCCAGAUGUGGUAUGUCCUUUCAGAACUGGGAGCAUGGCUUUAAUUUUACCCCGUCUACUGCAUGUAUGUUUCGUUUUGUUUUUCGAUAUGAAACAGAGACUCAAAUCUGUGGAAAGAUUAAAAAGGGAAAUAAAAAUGAAGCCCCACAACGACACAUUUUUAGUAAUACACAUUAAAAAGUUUCUACUCUGAUGUGUUAUAGCCAAAUUUUGCUGAUGCUUUAUGUAUUAUUUGUUGAUACAAAAUUUAAGCUGUUAAUUGGUAGUGGUGUGAACUGAGGCAGUUUUAGUCAAGUACUGUUAUUUUCAAAGCCAUGAACGGCUGUUCAUGCUCUACAGCAACAACUAAUAAAUUGUGUUUUGGGGGAAAAACACUCAACACAAAACAUUUUAACCAUACUAGACAAUGGCUUGUUGUUUACUUACAGUUGUGAAGGUUUUUCUUUGUAAUAUUGGCCAAAAAAAGCUUAUUUCUGAAGCGUGUAUGUAUAGUUAUUUCUUCCUUUUUUUUUUAAAACACACCAAUAAAGCCU